GAGCGAUGGGCAGCGGACGUUGGCUCGGGAAGGGGGAGGGGUCGGGUAACGGUCGCGGCGCGAGGCGCGGUGGGAGUGAGGAGAGCGGCGGCACCGGGCCAGGCCGGGCCGGGCCUCACACAGCGACAGCGGGCAGCCAGGCCUCAGCCAGGCCCCGGCCGGCAGUGUCCCUCCCUCCUUCCCCCCUGCCGAGUGAGUGAGGGAGGGAGUGAGAGAGAGAGUCCGGGGGCGACAACAGCACCAGGUCAGCUGUCGGCGAACCUCCCUCCGCACAGGCACCGAGACCGAGAGAGACUGAGGGGGUGAGGGACAGAGACAGAGAGGGUAAUCUGGACAGAUUGGAAGAACCGUCCCAUUCACUGCAGGUCUGGAAGGAUGAUGUGGCUUACUGAGAACAGCUUUUAUGGUACCAAAGGAUAAAUCUGCACUGAAUUGAAAGGAUAAGGAAGCCAGAGUAUGUCAAAGGACGUUGUCCUCUCCAGGUCGAAAGACGAAUCGACGCAUACUUCCAGGAUGGAAUAUGGCAAACAUUAUUUUUGUGGCUACUUUGCAGCUUUCACUAACAUUGCCAUCACUUUUCCCAUCCAUAAAGUAUUGUUUCGUCAGCAACUCCACGGUGUAACGAUGGCAGAUGCCAUACGACAGUUGCAGCAAGAUGGUAUGCGCAAUUUGUACCGAGGGAUUCUGCCCCCACUACUGCAGAAGACUACAACCUUAGCUUUAAUGUUUGGUCUGUAUCAAGACGUCUCCAGUUUCCUGAAGAGAAAGACUACUGCGCCUGAGCUGGUGACUCGCAGCGUAGCUGCAGUUUUAGCAGGGACUGCUGAGGCAGUCAUGACACCAUUUGAGCGAGUACAGACCAUACUGCAAGACCACAGACAUCAUGACAAGUUCACAAAUACCUUCCAAACAUUCAAAGCUUUGAGAUCCUAUGGUUUCAAGGAAUAUUAUAGAGGCCUUGUACCAAUACUCCUUCGCAAUGGACCCAGCAAUGCCUUCUUCUUUGGUUUACGUGGACCCAUCAAAGAAUUUCUACCAGAAACCACUUCAUAUAGUGCUAAUAUGCUCAAUGACUUCAUUUGUGGGGGAUUGCUGGGGGCACUGCUUGGAGUAAUAUUUUUUCCUAUUAAUGUAGUGAAGGCACGGAUGCAGUCACAGGUUGGAGGAGAAUUUCAGACUUUCUCGAGUGUCUUCAGGAAAAUUUGGUUUGAGAGAGAUGGCAAAUUGUCGCUCCUUCUGCGGGGUGUGCACCUUAACUAUCACCGGUCAAUUUUAUCAUGGGGCAUAAUUAAUGCAACCUACGAGCUUCUGCUUAAAUUGAUUUGAAGGAAUAUUGUAAUUUCACUAUUUGGAACACUUGUUUUGCUCAAUCCUUCUUGUCUUAAACCAAAAGAGCAUCAAUUGUUGUGCAAAAGUUCUUUGCCAUUUACUAAUUCUAUCAGUUGAAUAUACUUUGCAGCAACUUUAUUUAUACCGGGGGUGGUGGGGGGAGGAGAGGCAACUGACUUGAAUUAAAGGAGACAAGGGUAUUCGUUCGAAAAGUACUUUGGAACAAGUUUGGGACCAUUCUGGAGAUGCAAUGCUUUUUCAUAUUGUACGGUAGUUGGUGGGGGGGGAGAGGAGAGAUAUAUUCACAGACCACAUGGCGAGUGAUAUAUUUUCAAAAUGAUUAAUGUGAAAACUCCAUCAAAUCUACCUCAGCGGAUGUUUAGAUCACUUCUUGAUCACGAGAAAUUCAUGAUGCUACAUUUUAUAAAUUUCCCAUAUAACGUUACAAGCUCGUUCCCAUUUUCGGUGCAAAAUCCCACGAUGAUCUAAAGCUGUGCCCAUGCAAUCCUAAAGAUGUUUUUUUUUAAAGAAACUCGUAAUUUUUUCAAACUUUAAAAAUCGGAUGUUGGUUAUUGAUUAGUCCAGCGCCUUGUGACGUCCUCCCGACGUGAAAGGCGCUGCAUAAAUGCAAUUUGUCUGUUGGUCUGUUUUAUUCCUAUAUUGUUAAACUGUUGCUGUCUUAAUCUACUUGUUCUACAGAAUUGAAUGCCAAUAAAUGUUUGGUGCAUUUAAUGUAGCGGUGAACAUUUUGAUCAGAUUUUAAUAUGCCUUGUAUCAUGUGCCCAAUACAGGCAGUAAGGCUUCAUGAUAUUGAAUAUAUUCCAUCAAUAUGUUGUAUAUGUAACAGCUCAGUGGUGUGCAGUGUGUCUUGACAACUUUACCAUUCACAGUCCAGAAUUCUUUAUCAAUGCAUUUUUCAAUGUUAAUACUUUAUUAAAUUUACUAUCUUCACUCACUUUUGUUAUAAAGACAGUAUUUUGAAAUGGUGUGAAACGUUGGUGCCCAAAAUGCCCAAGUACUUUACUUGAGCCAGACUGGCAGUAUGUAAAAGUGCUGCAGGGCUGAUUAUUAGUUUUAAUUCCUUAUAAAUGUCUAGUUUGAUCUUGAGUAUGUAUAAUCACAUUUUUGAAAAUUUUCCUGGCUGAGAAUAAAACUGAAAUGAAUUGUGCUCA